CAUCUGCACCGAUCAGCUGUCCAUCCACGGUGUAGAUGAUGGUGGUGGUCUCACCUCCAGCACUUUCUUGGAUCACUUGUUGCACAUGUUGAUCCAUGGUGACCCACCAAUCUCUCAGUGCCUGUUAGUUCUUCACGACAAAUAUUCUCACGCAAUCUCGCGAGAACUGAUAUCCAAGAUGGCUGCCGUCGAAGACUCUCAAGAGGGUGAGGACUACUUGCUGGUGCCCCACAGCCACUGUACCCAGUGUUACAGGCGCAGCUGUUUCAUCAAGCCAGAGUUGGAUGUUGCCUGUGAGAUGCAGGCAUGCCCGGUUGACUGUGGUGCUCGCUUUCAUGCAUGCAAGCUGACAGAACACAGACUCAUCUGCCCCAAUGAAAAGGCUGCAUGCAUCAAUGCUGUCAAUGGCUGUCCAAAGUGGCUGCCUCGAGGACAGCAUGCCAAACAUCUGGCCCACUGUCCAGCUAGUGUUGUGCGCUGCACCAUGGAGUGGAAUCGCUGGCCAGUGUUUUCUGUGGAGAGACAGUCCCACGUCCCCAUUGUCAAAGCGGAUGCUCAGGUGUACAAGGACCAGUUGGACAUUGCCCUGGCCCUAAGAGAUCAAAGGAUACUCAUGGAGACCAUGAAGGCAUCCGACCGUGCAAGGCUGGCACUGAUGAGCAGCAUCAUUCAACAGUCAGUAUCAGAUUCAGAGGCGUCCACACCUUCUGAAGAAAUGCGCAGCUUUGUGAAGGAGGAGAACGCAAGUGCCGAGGGUUUAGCAAACUCAAGUGUGAUGAAUGGUUGGGAAAAGCAAUCCCCUCCAAUGCCUCCACCCUUUCCUGAGAGUGAAAGCUCCAAAAGUGCCUCCAGUAAACUGUAUAAGGCUACACUACAGAUGACUCAGAGCCUGUCAGCAGCUUUGGACACUCUGAAUAAUGCUGCUUCUGCAGGUAACAGACAAGAGAAGGUAGAGGAGGACACAGAGGAACUACAGGGUGCAGCUGCUGCCCCGGUACAUGAAGACUUGUCUAAUGGGGAGGUCAGUGGGAAGGAAAGGGAACCCAGUCCAGAGGAGGUGGCUGAGGAGCUACAAGAUGUUGCUCAAAAGGUAGACUAUUACACACAAUUACUACAUGAUACACAAACAGCCGCAGCAGAAAAAGCUGCAGCAGAGGAGAGAGCCAACGAAAAGCCCAAAGCUGCUGGCAAUAGUUGCGAAGAAUCUCCCAGCACGGAAGAGGAGUCAGUAGAACUAGAAGAACAUGAACCUGUGUUUUCAUGCUGGUAUGAUCGACAGGGAGUUGCUCAUCGUUCGGUCAGCAUGUUCAGACCGCCCUCCACCUUUACCCCGAGUCAUGUCUUAGACAUGCGCUUCUUGGAUCCCAAGACGCAGCAGUCCAAGUGUGUGGGUACGGAAGACUUGGGGCUGGACGAUGAGAUAGUUGGAACCAAAGCUGUGAGCAACUCUUUGAACUUCUCUGACAGUAAGGUGUCUGAGGAUGACCUGAGUGUGUUGCUAGAGGCUUGGUUUGACAUCUAUCCCCUCAAUGUUUACAGCAGGAAAGUGACUGAAUCUAAAAGAGAUGCUGCCGUACAGACUGUACAGAUCCCUACUGCAGUGUUUGCCACGACUUCGCAGGUUGGGCCCAUGGGAUCAGCCCCAGCAGUAGACCACUCCAACACACUGGUUCUGGACCUAGUUCUCGAGUCCAUAACAAGGUAUCAGAACAAGCCACGCACCAUGUACACAUUCGUAUGUGGACAGGAGUUCAGAAGAGAUGAGUAUCCAUCCCACUUCCAGAAUGUACACAAUGACAUACAUGGCGGCUUGAAUGGAUGGAUAGAACAGAGAUGCCUUGCUAUCUACGGCUGUACCCACUCCCGUCGAAGGCUGUAUCCCCAUAAGAAGAAUGGGACAAUUAUCUUCCACCAGCAUCUGGAAAGUUUUGGUAUCAGGCCUCUCAUAGAUGAGAGUGUAAUAGAGUCACCUGAGCAAUCAGAUACAGAGUCAGACGAUACCAGCUGUGGGGUCGUCGGCAAGGUAGAAGCAGGAGACAGGAGGAAAAGGAAGGCAGGGAAGGACAGACUCAGCACUCUGCCAUUUGAGAUUCUACAGCACAUAGCUCUGUGUCUGGAUAGCUUCAGUCUGUGCAACUUCUCCAUGGCCUCCAAGCUGACCAGAGAGGUUUGCUACAGCAUCCUGGAGGACAGGGGCAUAGUAGUGCAGCAGUGGGAAAAGAGGCGUUACAAGACCCUCUUCACAUGGCAGAUAUCUCACCAGAAAUGGUACUUCAGCACUGCCUUCACGCCCGUGAAGUCCUGGUACUACGAAGACUCCCCCUCCAUGGCUGAACACCUAAGGAACUGCCCUUACAACAUUAAGCAUAUACGUACAGAGCCAUACCCAGUCAUGAAGCUAGGCAAGCGGCAAGAAGGGCUGUUCUGGAAGAAACUGGCCCUGAGGAAGAUGAGGGAGAGAGAGAGGGAGGCAAGACUGGAGGGGAAAGGGGAUGUUGGUCAGCUCUGAUUUUACCUAGAGUAGGAAAAUAUCCAAAUCCAAGGUUGUUAUUAUGUUAUUACACACGUUUAUUCUAGCAAAGAUGUCAUAUGUUCAUAUUAUCAAACCUACCGGUAUACUAUGAAGAUGUGACAUUUAUACUAGAAUAAGGAGCCACCUUAGUUAUAUUCCCAAUAAUUCAUGAAGUCUACUGAUUUAUCCAAUCAAUUACCAGGUGCUUUGAGUGGGCUUCAUUUUUGGUAAAAUCUCGUAGGAUUACUUCAUUGUAAAAGACUUCCCCAAAGCCGUCUUACAAUUACUUUCUCUCACAUAUGCAAUAUGAGAUUUCUGUGUUUAAGACCAUGUGCAAAGUUUUGUCAGCUUUGUGAUGUUGAUUCUCUGACAACGUACUCUGAUGUUUACUUUUUCUAUGUGUAUUCUAUUCAUAGCAUA